AUGCCGCAUCAAAAUCCAGAUGGCCCUAUGGCGAAGCGCCAGAAGGUCUCUCGGGCUGUCGGCCCCGCCAAAUCGCCAACAAACUCAUCACGCAUUUUUGCUCCGUUUCGAACUGUCGGCCUCGUUUCUCCCACAAGUGUCCCAUUCACGUCCAUUCCUCUCGGCAAGACUACCUUCCAAAUCACGACCUCUGUUGGCAAAUCUCUCCAGACAUACGACUUGCGCCGUGGCCUCAACCUCGUCUUCAUAACUAGACCCCAGACACCGUUUGAUAUCACGGCUACGUAUGCCUGGAAAGAGAAGGUCCUGGCCGCAUGGGGAGGUGGCGCCAGUGGCGAGGCACAGGGCCUCUGGGUGUUCCAGCGAGGCAAGAAGGUCGAUGAGCUCCCGCUACCAUCCGACAUCAAUGAACCCGUCAAGCAAAUCAUUGUCUUUGGCACCUGGAUCGUUGCUGCAGCCUCCACGAGGAUUGAGAUCUUCAAGUCCGCGACCCUUGAGCACUACACCACCAUCCACACCAUGGCUGCGAACGGGCGGGGCAACGAGAUCACUGGAGGUGUUACCAGCAUGCCGACGUUCUUGAACAAGAUCUUUGUUGGACGAAAGGACGGUUGGGUCGAGAUCUGGAAUGUCAGCACUGGAAAGCUGAUAUACACCAUCUUGCCACCGUCCCCCGACUGCGGCGCUGUUACCUGCAUGGAACCAACUCCCGCCUUGUCCUUGAUGGCCAUUGCAUACGGCAAUGGUCCCUUGGUCAUCACCAACGUACUCACCGACAAGCGCGUUCUUCAGAUUGAGGCCGGAAAUCCGGACGCUCCCGUCAACUGCAUCUCUUUCCGCACGGAUGGGAUGGGCGCGGGUCAUGACGGACGCAAAGACGGUGUCAUGGCGACUGCGACUGCCGCGACCGGCGACGUGACAUUCUGGGACCUGAACGGUGGUGGCCGCGUUAUGGGCGUCCUCCGCAGUGCCCAUAACCCUCCAUCCCGUGAUGGUCGCAGCAUACGAGGUGGCGUCAGUAAGGUCGAGUUUCUAGCUGGGCAACCUGUGGUUGUGACCAGCGGCCUCGACAACUCGCUCAAGUCUUGGAUAUUCGAUGCCACGCCCUUCUCUCCCGUCCCCCGAAUCCUGCACUCGAGGAGUGGGCACUCAGGCCCUGUCAACUGUCUCCAAUUCCUUCCCACCGACUUCGAUGGCGCGGAGGCGGGUAACAAGUGGCUGCUCAGCGGCGGCCAGGACAGAAGCCUUUGGGGCUGGAGCUUGCGCCGCGAUGGCCAGAGCACGGAAUUGAGUCAAGGCAACAUUCGGAAGAAGGCCAAAAAGGUCGGGAUUCUGUCGACGAAUGCCCUGGCGCAUGGGCCAACAACAACCCUGGAAGAUCUCAAGGCCCCCGAGAUUACUUGUAUAGCCACCUCGCUUAAUCGCGAUGGAGGUAUCGGUGCUAUCCCAGGAAAGCAACCCAUGUGGCAGAAAAGCCAGGCCCAAGGCAAGGCGAACGACGCUGAAGUCAGUGGCAUGACCGGUUGGGAAAGCGUCGUCACCGCCCACAAGGGAGACGCUUUCGCUCGAACAUGGUUCUGGGGUCGUAAGCGCGCUGGUCGUUGGGCGUUCCCGACUGGCGAUGGCACUGAUGUGUCGACCGUCGCCAUCAGCCCUUGUGGCAGCUUCGCCGUUGUGGGCUCAGAGGGUGGAUGCAUCGAGACUUUCAACCUCCAAUCUGGCAUACGAAGACAGCGAUUCCCAUCGAAGUUGACGCCUGCCCAGGCUCGCCAAUUGCGACUGCAGCAGCUCAGACAGGCUGACGACGUCGCACAGCUGCAAUCCGAGUCUGGCAGAAAGUUUCCUCCUGGGACUGGCAAGCAUACCAAAGCAGUGACCGGCAUCAUCGUGGACUCGAUGAACAAGUUCCUCGUAUCUUGCUCGCUCGAUGGCAAGAUCAAGUUCUGGGACUUCCUCACCGGGACUUUACUGGAGCAGCUCGACUGGGCACCGAUGACGGCACCGAUAGCCUGCAGAUACCACGCCGCCAACAACCUCUUGGCGUUUGCUUGCGACGACCAAUCUAUUCGUAUCGUCGACAUGGAGACGAAGAAGACGAUUCGAGAAUUCUGGGGCCCACAGGACGCUAUCACGGAUAUUUGCUUCUCCAACGAUGGCCGGUGGGUGAUUGCCGCUUCUCGAGACAGGAUUGUUCGUGUCUGGGACUUGCCAACAAGUCACUUGAUCGAUGCAAUUCGGCUGGAUAAACCCUGCACCGCUCUUUCAAUGUCGGUGACUGGCGAGUACCUUGCUGCCACAGUUGAAGGCAAGCCAGGUGUUACAAUCUGGACAAAUAAGGCGUUGUUCAAGCAUGUACCAACACGGCAAAUAUCCGAAAAGGAAAUUCUCUUGGUGUCCGCCCCUACAGUCUCUGGUGAGGGCAACCAGGGCAUGUUGGAUGGUGCCUACGAGGACGAUCAGCCGGAAUCGGACGACGCCGUCGUGGCCCCAACUGUAGAGCAGCUAAGCUCCGACAUGAUGACUCUGAGUCUGGUUCCAAAGAGUCGAUGGCAGACCCUCCUACACCUGGAUCUUAUCAAGGAGCGUAACAAGCCCAAGGAAGCCCCGAAGGCUCCCGAAAAGGCCCCUUUCUUCCUGCCGUCGACCACUGGUGCAGCCCCUCUUGCCGGACAGCAGAAGCCUACCGAUGUUGCUGCAGACGACAGCAAGUCUCGCAUCACCAAGCUUGAUAAGGCUCGCUUCGAGGAACUAUUCUCCACGAAGCUUCGCACGGCAGCAGCAUCGAACAAUUACGAUGAGUUCAUUGAGCACCUAAAGUCACUAUCGCCAUCGAGCGCGGAUCUUGAGCUGCGGUCUUUGUCUGUUGGAACCGGUGAUAACAAGGACAACGAGCUCUUGCAUUUCAUCCACGCGCUCACGGCGCGUCUCAUGGCCCGCAAGGAUUAUGAGCUGACACAGGCCUGGAUGACUGUGUUUCUUCGCCUUCAUUUCGAUGUUGUCAUGGAGAGCACAACUCUGCUGGCUGCGCUGGAGCAGUGGAAGGCACAUCAAGAGCAGGAGUGUAACCGCUUGGAUGACCUGGUUGGGUACUGCGGUGGUGUUGUAAGCUUUCUCCGGAGUCCGAGGACGUAG